AGCGCAGCAACAUCCACAGCAGCACUAGAGUGAAACUGCAGACAGCUCGACCUGAACGCCCGAAUCAGGACUGAGAAUAAACCAACUAGACACCAUGUUUUGGAGGCUUUUCUUCGUGACAAUAUUACUAGCCCUCUUCGGAUCGUUGACAAGCCAGGGAUUUGCGCAGGAUGAAGACUGUGGUUCAUUGACAUCUUGUGAAGCAUGUGGAAAUGUGACUCACUGCCAAUGGAUGAAUUGCUCAGAUACUCCAAAGUGUGUUAACGGCAGUGCUGAGAACCAAACAGUCGGCUGCAUCAGUAUGAACUGCACAGAGCCGACCCCGGCCCCGUCAGUGAGCCCCACCGCAAACGCUACCAUCAAUGCUACCACAACAGCCCCCACCACAGCAGUUGUUCCGACUCAAAACAGCACCGUCACAAAUGUCACGUCUGCGUCUCCUACUCCUGCUCCUUCUCCAUCCAAAUCAUCCACAUUUGAUGCCGCCAGCUUCAUCGGUGGAAUUGUGUUAGUCCUUGGCCUUCAAGCUGUCAUCUUUUUCCUUUACAAGUUCUGCAAAUCCAAGGAUCGCAACUACCACACCCUGUAACACACUGCUACCUGGAGGCACCACACGGCACCACAAAACCCACAGUCCGACCCAAAAAAGAGAGACAGACACAUUGUACUCACAGAUUUUUAAAUACUCUUGUAAUUUCCCAUGUUUAACCUCAUAUUUGACAUUUAAUUUCUGUGACUUGAGCUUUGGUUUGUUAACGUUAGAGCUCUCACAAGCACUCGAGUUCAUUAACACAAAUACACCCAACACAGAGUAAAUAUGCAUUAUUCCCAACUUCCAGUGUUAAUUUCAGGUAACUUUACUAGAACAGUAUUUUAUAUAGUUGCCAUGACUGAUGGUUUUCAAUAUUCCACCAAGUCCUUCAUCAUCACCAUGUUCAGAAAUAUAUCUAUAUAGUUCAAGACUGAAUGAACAAAGUUUUUCCCAUUCAUUUCAAAUUUGUUUUGAAUUUUCAUCACAUAGUCCUUUGGGUUGUAUCUGUCCGUGUGUGGUGUGUGAUCUUAACCCCCCCCCCCCCCCUUUUUUGGCCAUUCCUCUUACUUGCGCCAACCAAGAGAGCCAAAAUGUUGCAAUAAAUUACAUUCCCCAGCUUAGUCCCUCACUGUUAACCAUCUACAGUUAGAGAACCAGUAGACAUCAGUUCUCAAAACUAGUUAAAACCGGCAUCUCGCUUCUUUUUUCUCCCCCAAAUAUGUCAGUGGAGUGCUGGGUAAUAUCAGAGAUGCAUUAUAUUCCCAUAGUUAGCAUCCUGUCAUUCUGGGGGACUUGCCAGCAUAUCUUAAGUUAUACUUUUGGGAGUUUAUGUGGAUUUGAAACAAUAAAAGCUCAGCCAAUCCAGUUCUACUAACAGCCGAAAUGAGUCUUCAUUAGAAUUAGUAGAUUCUGCCGGACAUGCGAAUAGAAUGAGGCACUAUGAGAGUGGAGGAUCCAUGAUCCCAUUCAGAAUGAUUGACAGUUGAGUCAAAGUGCCUUUUUAGGUGGAGGCAGUGGCUUGCUGCCUUAAAAGUGAGCCUUAAAAGUGUGAAUGUGUUUGUGUUGGGCCUCCGUCGAGGCCAGGCUCUGUGUAAGUGUGACUGUAUGUCAGUGUGUUUAUAGACACGCAUGCGUGCUUGUUUCGAUGAUGUAGAUCUAGUGUCUGCCGGCUGGACUGAUUGCUAUAUUAUACAGAGUAGAUAAUUAAAAGUUAAUUCAUUUGUUGGAUAAUGUGUCAUGGUUCCUAAAAGCUCUCAGUUCUGGAGGUUUAUUUUUUUGCUAGCGCAGAAACGUUGGUUGGAUGCUAGCACUCCCUUUCAAAAACAUUGAUAUUUGUACAUAAUCAGACCUCUUUGACCAUAAACUGAAUCAAUAUCGUUAAAUAUAAGGCACUAAAAUGUCUUAAACUGAGGUGUAAUACUUCAGGGUGAUUAAAACAGGCUUGUAAUUUGAUCCUGAUAUUUUUUAGCAGCCUUUGUGAUAAAUACCCUAAAGAGAACUGAAAUAUGCCCUAGAAAAGUGCAUUCAGGAUAUGUUUUGCUUAUUCUGUCAUUUUGUUUUUCUGUUGCUACAAUUAUCUGAAGAUUUUGAUGCAGUCUUAGAAUAGAGCUAAGUCAGUCUCAUAAUUUAAUGCUUGGGUUUGAUUUUUUGAAAUCUAGUUACUGAUUUUGGGUAGAUUUGAUUCAAAUGCAGAAUUGACCUACACUACGCCUAAUUCCUGCCUUGCUGAGUGUAUUUCGUUUGGUACUCUGUUCAUAAAAUCAUUUGUCUGAGUAGUGUGUUGGCACGUUUAUAGGCCGAGGGCCUGUAUAUUUUUUUCCCCCUUCAUUCCUGUGUUAUGAAAUUUGAAAUGUAAUAAUCUUGAUUAGCUUGCAGCUAAUAACUUCCUCUGCGAGUCAGAAUGUCAUUGGCUUGGGAAGUGAUUUGCGUUAUUUGGGUUGCAGAUUUUGUAAUGGCAGAAAUGAAUUGUUUUGUUUGGUGCAUGCUUUCGUUUUCAUCUGCUUUGUUGACAUCCUAAUGUCAAAGUGUUUCAUUCCCAGCAUGUUUCUCUGAAGAUGACUGUUAAGGCCUCACUUUCUUUGUUGAACCACUCUAAUUGCUUGUCCAUUGUCGUAUCACAGUGCUUAAAUGCCAACGGUGUCUAUUUUAGCAUGAGUCACUGAAAAGCUGCUAUGAUGCUUCACAAGCUUCAUCGUGCCUAUAGUGUAGUCAAAUGAAAUCCUAUUGUUUGCCAUUUCGCUUCAGCUUUGCCAAAUUAAAAACACUGUUUACUUAAGAAAAGUUCAGAAUGCACGGUGUUUCGAUUGUGUAUUCUUUUUCAAUAAUGAACAUAAAACACAAUUACACAACUCAUCACAGUAUUGUCUGUUUAGCAUCAGGCUACAUCCAAAGAUUCCACUUAGUUGCACAUGGAUUUUAGCUGUGCAUGCAAAGGGCUGUAAAGGACAUGCUACAUUUUCGGGUGAACUGUCUGUUUUAAUUCCAUAUUCAGAGCUCAGUGAAGGAUGCUAAUGUUUGAGAAGGUAAACGGCUCAAAAUCCUCACACUCAGAGAAUUCAACCUAACUUCAAGUAGUCUGUGGCCUUGAUUUCUUAUGCCUUUAUGUUUGUGUGCAUGCAUGCAUCAGAUUUCCACAGAAACAGCCAUAACAGUGCCAUAUUCUGUCAUCGCUCUGAGCUAGUGUUGCAUUCCUUGCUGCACCUUUUGAAGAUGAAGUGCCUUAAUUAUUUAAGAUUAGACGAUGAAGAUUACUAUUGUCAUGAAGACUUGCACUCAAAGGGACUUGAAUGUUUUAGAGUGAAGCUUUGGUUUAUUGAAGUUGUGAGUGGAUAAUGAGAGAUACAUGGAGUAUAGCAUCUUGCUUGUGCCACCAUUUUGUUAUCUAAUUGCUAAGAUUUAACUGAAUUUAAUGUUUUUUUUUUGUUUUUUUUUAAUGACUGUAAUUACCUUUGGCCCAUUGUCCAGUCGUGCAUUUUUUUUUUUAUUGCUUCACAUAAACAUGCACAUGCCCCACAUACACUCUUGUCACUUAGAAGACGCUUGCUGUUGCCUUAAUUGUUUUAUGCUCUAUUAUGUUGGUUUUAUUUCUCUGGAACUCUUUCUUUUGUUCUUGUGUUUUCUCUCGUUUCGGAUCUGCAUUCGCAAUUAGGUUGGAAAUGUGAUUAAUUAAUUAAAGUUUGAAUAUUGUAAAA